GUUGAAUUUUACUGUUAUCAGCUGAAAUUUGUUGACUGUGUGUGCCACAAUCUGUGGGACUUAACUCUUAAUAUUUUUUUUAAAAAAAUCAUUGUUCUCUUUUCUCCUUUUUUUUUCAUAAAGAAAAUUGGGUCACUUACAUCUCAUUACAACAUUCUUUGAAUUAAUAUCUGGAAAAUCUUUUAUUCUUUUUUUACUUUUUAGGGUUUUGUGUUUGGAUGGAGAGAAAGUGUGAGAAAAUGUGGGAAUGUGAGGGAAAGGGAAAGGAGAUAUGAGUAAACUAUGGGGUGUGUGUUUGGGAGAGAGGUAUCAGGGAGGCCGGUAGGUAGGGAAGAUAGGAAGAAAGAAGAAGUUGGUAGGGUUUCGAAAAGAGAGGAGAAGGAAGGAGAAGAGGUUGUUAGAUAUGGAAGUAACGGCCAGAGGGUGGACGAGGAGAAGGCGGAGGAAGAAGAAGCUGCUGUCGCCGCCGCAGCUAAAGCAAGAGCGAAAAGACGGUCUUCAAGGCCGAAUCCACGAUUGAGUAAUCCUCCCAGACACGUCCACGGCGAACAAGUUGCCGCCGGUUGGCCGUCUUGGCUCUCAAACGUCGCCGGUGAAGCCAUAAGUGGCUGGACUCCUCGCCGUGCCGAUUCUUUUGAGAAGAUUGAUAAGAUUGGUCAAGGAACAUAUAGUAAUGUGUAUAAAGCAAGGGAUACGUUGACUGGGAAAAUUGUUGCAUUAAAGAAAGUUCGAUUUGAUAAUUUGGAGCCGGAAAGUGUGAAGUUCAUGGCUAGGGAGAUUAAGAUUUUACGCCGUUUGGAUCAUCCUAAUGUGAUAAAAUUAGAAGGGUUGGUGACUUCGAGGAUGUCGUGUAGCUUGUAUCUCGUAUUCGAGUAUAUGGUGCAUGAUUUGGCCGGACUCGCUGCUAGUCCGGCUAUAAAGUUCACCGAGUCUCAGGUGAAGUGUUAUAUGCAUCAGUUGUUAUCUGGGCUUGAACAUUGUCACAACCGUCACGUAUUACAUCGUGAUAUUAAGGGUUCGAAUCUCCUUAUCGACAACAGUGGUGUUCUUAAGAUAGCGGAUUUCGGUUUGGCUUCAUUUUUCAAUCCUAAUCACAAGCAGCCAAUGACUAGUAGGGUGGUUACACUUUGGUAUCGUCCUCCAGAGCUCCUUCUUGGUGCCACCGAUUAUGGCAUUGGUGUGGAUCUCUGGAGUGCUGGUUGCAUUCUAGCCGAGUUAUUAGCUGGAAGGCCGAUCAUGCCUGGUCGUACCGAGGUGGAGCAAUUACACAAGAUAUUCAAACUAUGUGGCUCUCCUUCAGAUGAAUAUUGGAAAAAGUCAAAGUUGCCACAUGCAACCAUAUUUAAGCCCCAACAAUCUUAUAAACGAUGUAUAGCUGAAACUUUUAAGGACUUUCCACCAUCAUCAUUGCUGUUGAUUGAUACUCUUCUGGCAAUUGACCCCGUUGAGCGUCUGACAGCUACAGCAGCAUUAAACAGUGAAUUCUUCAUGACCAAGCCUUAUGCUUGUGAUCCUUCCAGCCUUCCAAAAUACCCUCCUUGCAAGGAGAUGGAUGCUAAGCUACGGGACGCAGAAGCUAGAAGAUUGCGAGCUGCUGGAAGAGCCAAUGCAGAUGGAGUGAAGAAAGCUCGUCCACGUGAUCGAGCCAUGCAGGCAAUUCCUGCUCCAGAAGCAAAUGCUGAGCUUCAAACCAACCUUGAUAGACGUCGAAUGAUAACACACGCAAAUGCCAAGAGUAAGAGUGAGAAGUUUCCACCUCCACACCAGGAUGGAACUCUUGGUUAUACUCUAGGUUCUGCACAUCCGAUAGAUCCCGGUUUUGAUCCACCAGACGUUCCGUUUAGUACCACGAGUUUCUCGUUUUCAAAUAAACCACCAAUCCAGACAUGGUCUGGCCCUUUGAUAGACUCUUCCGGCGUCGGUGCGCCAAGGAGAAAGAAGAACAUGUCAGGUGAUGGUCAUUCACAUUCAAAGCCAUCUAAGAGAGACAAGAAUUCGUUUCGAAUAUAAAACAUGGCUGCGGAAAAGCCAUAAACUGCUGAUACAAAUCAGAGGUAAAACUUGUUGUAUUCAAUUUUUACUGCCCAUUGUUUUCUUUUUGGUAUUGUGAGAAGCUUAUCUCCUGUUGUAU